AACGGCGACUGAAACAUCUAGAAGCCUUAAAAGUUGGUUACGCAUUUUGCAAAUUAUUCCCUUUUGCACCAGUCGCUCAAAAUCUGUUAGCAUAACGGCAUUAGGAAAAUGUCAAGGAGACGACACAGUGACGAGAGUGAUGGAGGCCAGGCCCACAAGAGGAGGAGAACAUCGGAGCCCACUGAGAUUGAAGACCGCCUGGAGUCGUUGAUAUGUCGUGUGGGAGAGAAGAGCACCUCCUCCCUGGAGAGCAACCUGGAGGGGCUGGCGGGCGUCCUGGAGGCGGACCUCCCCAACUACAAGAACAAGAUCCUGCGCAUCUUGUGUGCUGUUGCUCGAACCCUACCAGAGAAGCUGUCUGUGUAUACUACGCUAGUGGGCCUCCUCAACGCGAGGAACUACAACUUUGGCGGCGAGUUUGUGGAAGCCAUGAUCAGACAACUCAAGGAAACGUUGAAAAACAAUUUCUACAAUGAAGCACUUUACCUGGUGCGUUUUCUGUCCGACCUGGUGAACUGUCAUGUGAUCGCGGCUCCCUCCAUGGUGGCCAUGUUUGAGAACUUCAUCAGCGUGACGCAGGAGGACGACGUCCCUCAGGUGCGGUCGGAUUGGUUCGUGCACGUUGUUCUUUCCUGUCUGCCCUGGGUGGGGAAGGAGCUCUACGAGAAGAAGGACGUCGAGAUGGACCGCCUCCUCAGCCAGAUCGAAGGAUACCUCAAGAGGCGGUCAAAGACCCACCUGCCCAUGCUCCAGGUGUGGACGGCAGAGAAGCCCCACCCCCAGGAGGAGUACCUGGACUGUCUGUGGGCCCAGAUCCAGAAGCUGAAGAAGGAUCGCUGGCAGGAACGCCACAUCCUGCGGCCCUACAUCGCCUUCGACAGCGUCCUGUGUGAGGCGCUGCAGCACAACCUGCCCCCCUUUACCCCGCCGGGGCACCUGCCCGACACCCAGUACCCCAUGCCCCGGGUCAUCUUCCGCAUGUUUGACUACACGGAUGCCCCAGAGGGUCCAGUGAUGCCCGGGAGCCACUCCGUGGAGCGCUUUGUGAUCGAGGAGAACCUGCACAACAUCAUCAAGUCUCACUGGAGGGAGAGGAAGUCAUGUGCGGCUCAGUUACUCAGCUACCCUGGGAAGAACAAGAUCCCUCUGAACUACCACAUCGUGGAGGUGAUCUUUGGAGAGCUGUUCCAGCUUCCCUGCGCCCCCCACCUGGACGUCAUGUACACCACGCUGCUCAUUGAGCUCUGCAAGCUGCAACCUGGAUCUCUGCCUCAAGUCCUGGCCCAAGCCACUGAGAUGCUGUACAUGAGACUGGACACCAUGAACACCACCUGCAUAGAUAGACUGAUCAACUGGUUUUCGCACCAUUUGAGUAACUUCCAAUUCCGAUGGAGCUGGGACGACUGGGCAGACUGUUUGACGCUGGAUGCGGAGAAACCCAAACCAAAGUUUGUCAAGGAAGUUCUUGAGAAGAGCAUGAGGCUGUCCUACCACCAGAGGAUAGUGGACAUCGUCCCCGCGGGUUUCACGCCCCUAAUCCCGGCCGAGCCAUCCUUCUUCUACAAAUACGGAGAGGAGUCUGGCGCUUCGUUACCGGGAUACCAAACCUCCGUCACCGUGGGCAACGCCAUCAAGAACCGGGCGUCCAACGAGGAGAUCCUGGCGAUCCUGAAGGACAUGCCCAAACCCAACCAGGAGGAGGACGACGACGAGGGUGAGAGCUUCAACCCUCUGAAAACGGAGGUGUUUUUGCAGACGCUGCUCCACUUGGCCGCCAAGUCCUUCAGCCACUCCUUCAGUGCCCUCGCCAAGUUCCAUGAGAUUCUGAAGGUGCUGACUGAUAGCGAUGAGGGGAAGUUACACAUCCUCAGGGUGGUGUAUGAGGUGUGGCGGAACCAUCCCCAGAUGAUCUCGGUGCUGGUAGACAAGAUGAUCCGCACCCAGAUCGUGGACUGUGCUGCAGUCGCCAACUGGCUCUUCUCCCAAGACAUGGCCCACGAAUUCACCAGGUUCUACAUCUGGGAGAUCCUGCACUCGACCAUCCGCAAGAUGAACAAACACGUCCAGAAGAUCCAGAAGGAGCUCGAGGAGGUCAAAGCCCGGCUGGACAAGCAGCAGAACAAGAAGCGGGACAGCGGGGAUGAAGAGGACAUGGAGAAGAACAGCGAGGACGAGGAGGGGCAGCUGGAGGAGCAGAUCGAGAGGCUUCAGGAGAAGGUGGAGUCGGCCCAGAGCGAACAGAAGAACCUCUUCCUCGUCAUAUUCCAGCGCUUCAUCAUGAUGCUGACGGAGCACCUGGUCCGCUGUGAGACGGGCAGCGUGGACAUCAACACGCCCUGGUACAAGACGUGCACCGAGAGACUGCAGCAGAUCUUCCUCAUGCACCACGUGACCAUCCAGCCCUACGUAGGGACCCUGGAGAACCUGUUGUUCACAGCCGAGCUGGACCCACACAUCCUGGCCGUGUACCAGCAGUUCUGUGCCCUGCAGCUCUGAGGCGCACCACACACACACCAGCUCUUGCAUCAAGAUUCUCAUCAUAACAUUUGAUUUUUAUUUUUAUACUUUGUUUGCUAUGGAGUAGCUGACUGCAUAGUAGCCUGUUGUUUAGGACAUUUUCUUUGAAAGAGUACAAACAGGAAAUGUGAAAAAGCGAUUUUUCUGUAGUGUUUUAGUUUUUGGUCCCUUUGUUUCUUUUUACCAUAUACUCUUAGUCCUGUGAGUGUUUUAACCCGUCGCUCACUGAGCCUGACUGACAAAGGAGAUGGCUUUAGAUUGACUCAAAACCCUCUACUUUUUAUAUGUAUUUUAUGUAAACUGGGAAAAUAUUAAAGCUCUUUGGAGUCUUCACAUGA